UGCCCAGCCUCGACGCCAUCAGCCUUCGUCAUACGUAUGCGAACCUUACAGUUGGCACGAGUUGGUUCUUCUCCACAAACAGCUUGCAACGAAUCACUCAUCUUUGGCCAGUCUGCUCUGCCUUGGUCUCUCUGGGCUCUGCAAGAUACCCAAUUGCCGCCGCCUACAUGUAGCCUGCGAACCUCGUCGCUUCCCAGCCUCCACCAGUCAGACUCCCAUCAUUCUCAUCCACCCCGGCCAUACGAGGAGUCGUACAAUCGCCGCCUAUCGUUCUUGCGUUCUCGACCCAGACUUUCGUUUCUAUUCUCCUCUUUCCGCCUGACUUUGAUUCAUGUUUCUCCCACUGUCGAGCAUGCUGUCGCUCUAAAUCGACCCUCCUCCGAACUCUUUGAGCAAUUUGGUUGAACGAGAACCACAAGUACCCCAACUGCUCUCUUUUUCCAACGACCAGCUUCUCAUUUCGACAUCCCACAGACAAAAACACUCAGACGCCUUGCACUCAGGCAGCUGCUCCUGACCUGCCGUGAUUUUCCUCGAAAUCUGCGCCUCCUCCCUUACUCCUCACAUUCUCCCUCAUUCAGCAUCGACGUGUCCACAAUGGAAUCCAGAGAUCUGCGGCGCAAAGACACCACAAGAGGCCCGCCCUUGCGAGUUCUCUCAUUGGAUGGCGGAGGAGUUCGUGGCUACUCGAUGCUUUUAAUCCUCCAGGAACUCAUGCACAGGCUCUAUGUCGAAAGCGAAGGCAAACCUCCCAGUCGAGACGCCACCCCAAAACCCUGCGAUUAUUUCGACCUGAUAGGUGGUACUGGUACGGGCGGCUUGAUUGCCAUAAUGCUCGGCAGACUGCGUCUAGAUCUCGAGACUUGCAUGGAUGUCUAUGUCAAAAUGACCAGAAGAGUCUUUGAAACAGACAAAACAUUCGCCGGAAUUCCUUACAAACAUACUCUCUUCAAAGCCUCCAAGCUCGAAGAAGCAAUUCGAGAAUGCGUCGCCCAGCACACUGUCUACGACGACGAAGGCUACGAUGGGAGAGCCCGCGAUUUCCACGAUCUGACAAGCCCUGUGAGCGCCACCAGCGAUUUGGCUGUGCGACGGUCAAUGUCCAUGAGGAGUUCAACAUCUAUCGCAACCCCCCCAGCUCGACACUCUCUAGUUGCUCCCAACUUCCCUGGCUUUGGUAACUCCAAUGCCACUUUGUACGAUGGAAGGGAGACCAGGACCAAGACGUAAGAGUUCAUGCAAUAGCCACGAAUGCUACUGCUUGGCAAGUCUAAUAUGCGACAGGGCUGUAACCGCCGUGUACAAAGGGACCAACCCCCGCACUGGAAGCUCCAUUCUGCUGCGAAGCUACGACUCACGCAAAGAACCUGCGCCUGAAUUCAACUGCACCAUCUGGCAAGCCGGGCGAGCCACCUGUGCGACUGGUUUGGCAUUCAAACCCAUCCAGAUAGGCCAGAGCGUCUUCACCGACGAGGGCGCCGGCAAAUACAACCCUGCCGUUCAAAUCUUGGGGGAAGCCAACAAUGAAUGGCCAGCAAGAGAAGUUGGCGUGUUUGUCAGUGUCGGAACGGGCAAGCGCCCCGAGAGCAGCACCACCACCGAGAGUGAAUGGUGGGAAGGCUUCCUUGGUGGAAGCCUCGGAAUGUUUGCCGAAGCGAGACGUCGUCUAAUCCAGAAGAUUGAAGACUGUGAGAAAGAGCAUCAGAAAAUGCUCAAAACUGAGCUCACCAAGCGGGGCGUGCCUAUUGAAAACUACUUUCGGCUGAACGUCGACACCGGGUUGGCGAAUCAGGUUGGCACCAAUGAAUGGGCAGCUUUGUCUGUCGUCACCACCAAUACCCGCAAAUAUCUCCAAAAGCCCGAGGUGCAAGACCUUCUUCGAGACUCGGCCACUCGAAUGGCAAAGAUUGAAAUUCUGAAGCGUCGACAAGGCCGUCAAGGCAUGUCCAACAUUCACAGCCGAGACUCGAGCUGGGGCUAUCGAGACGAGUCUGUCUUGGUCGACGGCUCUCCCAUUCCAUCGGUCCCUUCUGGGGUUGUCGAACUACCGGUCGAAGAAAGUAUGCAUUUGCCGCCCGUGGCACAAGUACUACCCCCUCACAGAAGCCCGGGAAAUCCACCGUAUCCCAUUGACCAGACCUCGGCCGGACAAGACAAGUAUUCGGUGGUCUCGGGAGACUCGAAUUCAUCACGAGUUUCAGGCGACUUACCGUACCGGCGGCGUGACGAGGACCGCUUGCUCUACCAGUAUCAGCCCCCUCCAAACUCUCCAUACAACCCUUCGGAGCCGCCUCCUCGACCUCCCAAGACUCCAAUCAACGAACCUGUUUACCCUCUUGGGCGUCCACAGAAUGGUCGUCUGAAUGGGUCUCAAGGUCAUCGACCGCCGUACCCUGACUACGACGACUUGCCGCCGCCACCUCUGGUCUCCAAGUUGAGAAAGCCCGAGUUCAUUCCCCGACCGUCAUCCCAAAGUUAGAUUGGCUGGGUGUUGACGACUGAACGGGACGACGACCCUUGAACACGACUUAUAAUCUAUUCUUGCUCUUUUGUGGCUGCAUCGGCGCAAUCAAAUCAUUGCUGUUGAGCAAGAGGACCAAUCAUACUGGUUGAUCUGCAUAUUUUUCACCCUUUGGGCAUUUCGAGGAGGACUGGGCAGGAACAUUUAUCAUGGCAUACGGCACAAUGGAAAUAAUGACGAACAUGACACGAAGUUGAUGAUUUGAGUAUUCAGAGAUAUAUUCCCCCUGUUGGCAUUUAACAAUGACGGGCGAUGUAACCAUUGGACGAUUACACACGAUGGAAUGGCUCAUGUUGGAUGAAUUUGACUAAUGACUGUGUUCCUAGUGAUUUUGAAGGACAUUGGUUGAGAAAACCAAGACAAGAUUGACUGACGACAGUCAUCUUGAUGCCCCUAGGACUUUUGGGUCGAUUGACAGAACCGCGAGGCUAUCAGAAUAUCGAUGAUGCGAGUCGAGUUCACGGUUGUAAUUUGUAGCGAUCUAUCAUAUAAUACUCUGACAAAGGCUGAAGGGGAUGCUCAAUAUUUGAUUAUUAUUUUAUGAGGAGCUCAGCUCCUGCUCAACACAAC